GUAAAGGCCUCAAGACCCGUUAUUGGCACGAGCUCAGGUUCAUAAAAUAAUAUGCGCAGACGCAGACGCGUUAUGGACAGUCAGAUAGCGCACUAGGAGGAAAUUCAGCCACCGCUAUUGAGACCAGCAUAUUUUCUUUGGGAUAUACUGAUCACAAAGCCUUUCGACAAGCUUUUUUUCCCGACGGGGCAAACAUGGCGACGCUGGGACCGGAGCCCCGUCCUCAUUCCCAGCUGCCGUCUGCCGCAGUACAGACGAACCUGAGCGGACUGGGCUCCAGCACGAACCUGCCUUUCAACCGGGGCUUGGAGAGAGCUCUGGAGGAUGCGGCGAGCUCCGGAUUCCUGUACCUCAGCACAAGAAAACUGAAAGAAUUCCCUCGGACAGCAUCUAAUUAUGACCUAACGGAUACGGUUGAAGCAGAUCUGUCAAAGAAUCGCUUGAUUGACAUCCCGUCAGAGGUGUGUCAUCUGGUCUCCCUGGAAACGCUGAACCUUUAUCACAACUGCAUCAGAAGCAUUCCUGAUUCCAUCAUCAGCCUUCAAUCCCUGACCUGCUUAAACAUCAGCCGGAACCAGCUGUCGGUGCUGCCAGCGUGUGUGUGUGGUCUUCCUCUGCGAGUGCUCAACGCCAGCAAUAACAAACUCAACGCACUUCCAGAAAGCAUUGGCCAGCUCACCAAUCUCAUGGAGCUGGAUGUAAGCUGUAAUGAAAUCACAGCUCUUCCACGUCACAUUGGCCAACUCAGAGCUCUGAGGGAACUCAAUGUGCACCGAAACCUUCUCUGUGUCCUGCCAGAGGAUUUGGCAGAUUUACCCCUGGUCAAGUUUGAUUUCUCCUGUAAUAAGGUUUCUACUAUUCCUGUCUGCUAUCGAAAAAUGGCCCAGCUCCAAUCACUACAGCUGGAGAACAAUCCACUUCAGAGUCCUCCUGCGCAGAUCUGCAUGAAGGGCAUGAUUCAUAUAUUUAAAUACCUCGCCAUGGAGGCAUGCCGAAGUGACAAGAUGGCCGAUGCCAUGUACCUUCCUGUCUCAGACCGCCUCAGCUUGACACGACCCACGAAUGGGAGCAUUGAGGACAUCGAUCAGCACAAGAAACUUGACAGUGACUCUGGGGUGGGCAGUGACAACGGAGACAAACGCCUUUCUGCUACAGAGCCAUCAGAUGAAGACAGUCUCAGCUUGAAUGUGCCCAUGACCAACAUCACAGAGGAGGAGGGCUUGAGCAAAGACGACUCCAGUGAACACAUCAGCGCUCUGACAGCAGACAGAAGUUCAUCAGAAUCUCUCAAGGACCAUCUGGGCUAUCGAGACUCUACCCUCAGCUCACCGUUUGUCAACUACAUCAAAGGUCGAGGUGUUGACUUCGAUGAGCCCCUCAGGAUAGAGGAAGACACCAACUGGGUUUCAGAACAAACAUCAAAGGUCAAUAUGAUUAAUCAGCUAAAGGAAGCUGUGGAGAUGCUACAGGAUCCUAACAGGGUUAACAUGAACUCUGCUGAUCUCUCCAGUAUUAAGCUCUACCCUGUGGAAAUGGUUACAGUAGAUGAUUCGCUCAAUGGCCAAGAGAGUGUCGAUUGUCAGGCAACGCCUAAGGCGGCUCCUGGAGAAUGCUGGGAGUUCCAGAGGAAGCGACAGUACAUUCUAGAACGGGCCCGGCUCGAGGCUCAGCUCGCAUGUCAACAUUAUGCCCUGCACAUGGCACAACAGGGUGACGUGAUUGGCCAGGAAGGAUCAGGUGAUAGUUGUGAGAACCAACUUACCAAGAGUGAAGACAUAACCCCAGUUUCCAGCCCUACACUGAGCUCACCUCCCUUUGGUCUGAAGCCCAGAUCAGCUUCACCCUCUUUGCCAUGCUCGACUCCGCCCUGUCCCCGCUCCCUUACACAGGCCCCGCCCACCAAUAGAGACACGCCCCCUAGCCCAGCUGAAGGAGACAUGCCAAGCAGUGUGUUUUUCAGGACGCACAAGACUCUGGAAUCAGUGGAUCCUCAGUUCACCAUGAGGAGAAAGAUGGAGCAGCUCAGAGAGGAGCUGGAGCUCACAGAGCAACUGCGAGAAAGUAUUGAGAGCAGACUGAAAGUAGUUCUUCCUGAAGAUCUGGGCUCUUCUCUCAUGGAUGGGGUAGUGCUUUGUCAUCUAGUCAAUCACAUUCGGCCGCGUUCAGUGGCCAGUAUCCAUGUACCAUCCCCUGCAGUGCCCAAGCUUAGCAUGGCUAAAUGUCGCAGAAAUGUUGAAAACUUUUUGGACGCCUGCAGGAAAAUGGGAGUACCUGAGUUUAACCUGCGUCAGCUCUGGGCCGUGGUUGCGGCCUUGCUCAUGGUGGAGAGCACAGGAACAAGGCAGAAGGAAGGAAAGGUGGAGUGUGGCAGGGAGAAAGAGACAGAGGUCAAGAAGCUUAUCCCCGAGUCCACUCAGACUCCACCCCCUUCCUGGCAAAUAUGGGAUCUGAUUGGCUCAAGUCUACUACAUGUUUUCUGUCUGGUGAUGCUGUUUGUGGCCUACAGCUGGAGCGAAUUUAAAUAACGCACAAAUAACACAUUAUAUUAUUUACUGGUUUUUGAAAGCACAUUGAACAGUUUGUGAUGGCCUCACUUAAAGGGAAAGUCCCCCCAAAAAAUACAAAUUCUGUCAUCAUUUACUCACCCUCAGGUUGUUCCAAAACUGAAUGAGUUUUGUCUUCUGUGGAACAUAAAAGAAGAUAUUUUGAAGACUGGGGUAACCAAGCAAUUGCUGGUACCACUUUUAUUUCCCAUACUAUGGAAGUCAAUGGGGACCAACAACUCUAAGUAAAGGAUGACAGAAUUGUUAUUUUUGUUAUCUAUUCCUUAAAAUGAGCACAUCAUGUUUGAAAAAAUGUGUCUUUGUCUCGUUUUUUUUUUUUUUUUUUUUUUUUGAUAGUUUCAUACGUUUGACCAACCUUUGCAUCUUGAUUUGGCUAUAAUAAAACCCAUACAUAACACAAAACAUGCAACAUUUUUAUGACAACAAUAUGUGAUCCAUAAAGAGAUUUAGAUGUUUUCAUGUUUGAUAUGUAUUAUUAAUUAGUUGGCAAAAAAAGAAAAGAAAAUAAAAAUAGGUAUUUGUCCUUGCAGAAUGCUAGCACUUUAAUAAGGAAUGGCAAAGGGCCAGGGUCUCAAUCACUUCCACCUCUGUACAAAACUUAAGAUACAUUUCAGCAGUCAUAACACUGAUUUAGUUUUUGGUACUCUUAAAAAAUAUAUAUUUAUUAGCAUCUGCAUGAUAAAACAUAAAUAAUACAAAAGGAUAUGGAGGUCUUGCCUCAUCAGCAUAUAUCUACUGAAAACAAGACCUGCUUCACAGAAACAAUCUGCUGAUAAUAAUAUCAGGACGCUCGAGUAAGUGAAGGCUCAGAUGCCAUCAAAGCAAAAUGAUAGCUUUGCUUUGCACAGACAUCUUGUAUGGUGAGAUCAAAUCUAUGAUUAAAAACAUUUAAUCAUUUGUGUAAGGGCUAAUUUAUCUGUUGGAUUUUAAAAAUAAAUUAAAAUAAUAGCUACUUUUGGUUAAGGGCGUUUUUAAGAGCCUGAUAUAUUGUUUCGAUGACAAUUAUUUAAUAUCCUGCACUGUCUUUGUAAAUUAUUACAUUGCUAUUUAAUCCAAAACGCCAUCCAUUGGAUGAAAGUGGUCAGAAUAUGACAAGAGUGAACCAAAUGUUUUUUUUUUUAUCAAUUUAAUAAGCAUCAUUCCACAAUUAUUUGACUAAUCCGAAUUAAACAAUGAGGAAUAACAGGGUUUCAGAAUAAGAUUGAAUUCAUAUACUGUAUCUUUAAUCUGUAAUAGAGGUGGGAUUUUGUAUUAUGAAAUAUUAGAUUAACCCAGUUUUAAUAAUUGACUAAUCAGUGAAGUGGCUGUAUUUGAUUUACUCUGGAAUGGAGGGUCUCUUCUAAUUGGAUCCUCUGAUUCUAUUUUAGGUUCUGAUCUUCAUCUCACAUUAUAGAACGACCUUGUUUAUCUCAUCUCAGAUAAAAAAAGAAAUCCGUUAGUAAAUGAGCAGACAGUGUUGUCACUGAGGCCUCAUGACAUCACAAUCCUCAAACUACAUAAUGCUUGAACCUUAUCUGCGUGAUCACAGUUACACAGUUAUAACUGGCAUUGCUUUCAUCAUUCAGUUUGACAAACAUAAAGGCAAUAUUGACUGUUCAGGGCCUUUUGUUUCGGUAUAAUUUCCCACUUAUUUCCUCAUUUGUAAAAAAAAAAGCUACAAGAUGCAAAAAGUGUUUGAAUUGCUUAAAAUUCUUAAAUUAGAUUGCGUGGUUCCUCUGAAGGUUCGUCUGCUCGUCUGCUUCUGUUUGUCCAGCUCUAGACUUCUUGACUCCUGUCAGUGUUGAAUCGUGUUCAGUGCUGCUGCUGCUAAUGGACUUUGUAAGGCUUCGUUGUUUUUAUGACCCUGUAAAUGAAAGGAAUAAAUGUACAGUUUGGGCUGUUUUUUCUCA